CAUAGAAACAGAGAUUUAUAAUCAACUUGAUUACUUUAAAUAAGGAAAGUGGAUUCACCUAGCUUUACUCUUCUAUAAAGUGGGGUUGUAAACAAAGCAUACAUACCCAUGUGUUAUUUUCAUGAAUUGACUCAUUCUCUCUUUCUGGCCAUGCACUCGGUCGGUUAUCCACGUUCCCAAUGUUCUUCACCAUCACCAGAAGAUAUCCUGGUGAAGAAGAUCCUCCUCACACAUGAUCCUGAUGGUCGUCGUGUUGAUUCUGAGUUGCUGCUUCGAAUGAUGGAGAAUGUCAUGUAUUAUGCUACCACAUCAAAUGUUUGUGGGCUAGAUCUACCAGAUAGUGCAAUAGAGAAUUUAUGCAACACAGGAGUAGUUGGCUCACAUGAAUCUCUUGGAAAUACCAUCUAUAGGAUCUCACACGAAAUAUUGUGCAAAUGCUCUGGAGAAGGAGAUUUGCAGGAAAGAUUGCUGGCCGUGUUUGAGUUAUUGGGGAGUUAUUCAUGGGACGCGAAAUUGGUUCUAGUACUAGUAGCUUUUGCUACAAACUAUGGGGAGUUUUGGCUUAUUAUGCAGCUCUGCCCCCUCAAUCCCCUGGCUGUAUCAGUUGCAAUGCUUAAGCAACUGCCUAGUGAUUUGGGUGCCUUCAAGCGACGGUUCAAGGCUUUGACCUCGCUUGUUAAAACCAUGCUAGAAGUGACUAAAUGCGUUAUUGAGUUUGAAGAUCUACCACUGCAACAUGUAGAGCUGGAGGAAGAAACAAUGAUUGCUACAAUGUCUCCGAUCUAUAUAGCAGCCUAUUGGGUCAUUAGAAGUGCAUUGAUCUGCUCCUCUCAAAUCACCGACAUGGUGGCUGCAAAACAUGAGCAAGAGCACUCAACAUCAACCGCAAUUGCAACAUGGGAACUUUCUAGUUUGGUCUGUUGGGUAAGCCACAUCCAUGAUAACCUUAGAAGGCAGGUGGAUUUGUGCCACAAUCAGAUAGAGGCAAAGCUAGAUAGGAAGCUUUCGGAUCUUUUUAAGAAAACCCAUGUGGACAACCAGGAGAUACUUCAGAUGUUAUUUGCACUAGAAGAUGACUUCCCCCUGAAACAGGGCUAUGCACAGGCAAAGGUUAAAGUGUCUGAGCUAAUAAAAAAAGAAGUAAUACUCCUUGUAUCGAAGCCCAAGAUAGGUUCUCUGGAGGAUUUGUUAUUACUGGUGCAACAAACAUAUGAUCAUCCUCAGCAAAAUGAGUUUGAGAGACAGUACGAGAUCAUAUGGGUUCCAAUUCCAUGUUCCAGCAGAUGGAGUGAUGUGGAAGAGAAAGAAUACCAUCAAUUAUCUAAUGCUUUGCCAAUGUAUUCGAUAUGCAAGCCAUGGAGACUUAGUACAGCAAUUGUGAACUAUAUCAGAAGAGAGUGGCAUUUCAUGGAGGAACCAUUAAUGGUGGUAUUGGAUAGGCAAGGGAGGGUAAGCUCAUCAAACGCAAUGGACAUGAUAUGGAUAUGGGGUGGCCCCAAGGCUUAUCCUUUCUCAGUUGCUAGGGAACUACAACUCUGGGAAGAAGCAAGCUGGUCACUGCAGCUUCUAGUGAACGAAAUUAACCCCUUGGUGUCCUACUGGGUAGAAGAGAGAAGAACCCUUUGCCUAUAUGGAAGUGAUGAUCUAGAGUGGAUCAACGAAUUCACUCUUUUGAUGAAGGAGAUAAGAAGUGCAGGUGUGCAGCUAGAGCUUGUGUAUGUUGGUAAGAAGGAAUUCGAUGAACAUGUAAGGGAUAUCUUAGACACCAUUGCCGAAGGAAAGCUAGGUCUCUCUCUCUCUUACCUAAAGAUGCAAUUCUUUUGGCUUCGUUUGGAGAGUAUGAAGAGAUCAAAACUCAGGCUAGGAAGGACAAACGAUGGUGAUAUUGUCUUGAAAGAGGUGGCUUCUUUGCUAAGUCCCAAUGCUAGUGUCGAUGGUUGGGCUGUAAUGGGAGAAGGGUCAUCCACAGAUGUUAUAAAGUUUGGAGGAAAACAGUUCAUCGAAUGCUUGAAGCUUUUCCAAUGUUGGGGGAACGAUAUAGAGAAGCUGGGUUUGUUGGGUGCAAUAAGAAAUGCUCUUGAGCCACCACCCCCUGCACUCAAGUACUCUUGUAACCACUCUAGUGUCAUUCCCUACGUUGAAGGCUUAUUAACCCAAGGGACUCAGGUUUGCAAAGAAUGCAAGCGUCCCAUGGAGAAGCACAUCCUCUACCAAUGCAUUGUGACUGAGGAGCUAAAUUUAAGGAUGUAA